ACUGGGAAAACAGCGUCAUCAUUCUACAGGAUCCUGACUGGGACAAAAGAGCUCCGAUAACUUGACAAAUUAUAAAGUGCACCAAAUGUUGAGCUCGGCGGUGCGUGGUUAGAGCUGACGCCUCACAGCAAGAAGGUUCUGGGUUUGAAUCCCUGUUCGACUCAACCAGGGCCUUUCUGUGUGGAGUUUGCAUGUUCUCCCCUUGUCUACGAGGGUUCACUCUGGCUAGUUCUACUGCAAUGAUUUAUGGGACGAGUAGUUCCCUCCACUCUUAAAAUAAUUCUGUGCACCGUACAGAAGGUCGUUUUUCCAAUUUCUUUUUUGCUCAGAGUAAAAAUUUUUACUGUAACGAUUCAUCUCAUGGUUUAUUGGCUUGGUUCCAGGCUUAAAACUCUUCAAAUUCACUUCCCGAACAGGAGCGUUUCUAAAAAUUGGCGGUCACUGUGCUCCGCUAUAUUAAAUGUCACGUUACUCUUUUGUCCCAGUCAGAAUCCUGUAGAAUGAUGACACUGGUUUUCCAGUGAUCUGAUUGGUCUGGAGUUGAUCUGGUGACUGGCUUCGAUCUCGUAUAUCUAUAUCUUAACCUGCCCUGGCUGAGCAGGUUGGCCAUUUCAUUCAGCAUAAGCUACCAUGGUGAUUGGUAAGAAGAGAACCAGAGGUCUACUAUGAAGCAAGGUUACUGGCUUAUCAAGCACCGCCCAUGCACACGAAAACUCCUCCGUGUCGGCGGAAGGAAUGAGAGAGGAUCACACUCACGCAGAUAAUCGGUUGUGAUUGGACCGGCAAGUUUUCUGCCGGAGGGAAAUCCCUUUCCAAUGGAGGGGAUCCAGAACUCCUCUGGGUCCCAGGCUCAGUUGAAGUAAAAGAAGUCAUCAGGUUGAAGACACUACACAAAAGUUCCAGUUUCGACUCCAUUUAGCCGCAUGUGUGCGGGCAUGUUCUGGAGCGACUGACUGACGCGGUCCGCUGGCAGCGAGCUGCCACCCGAGGUGACCAGGGGCGGUGGGAGAAGGGCUCCAUAAACACAGAGAAGCACCGAGCACGAAGUCGUAGGGAGAGAAGCUCCGGGUCGAUCGCCUCCAGGCAGCAGCAGCAGCAGCAGCAGCGGCGGCUCGGCGGACUCAGCCAUGGCGAACAUCGCGGUCCAGCGGAUCAAGCGGGAGUUCAAAGAAGUUCUCAAAAGCGAAGAGACGAGUAAAAACCAGAUCAAAGUGGACCUGGUGGACGAGAACUUCACAGAGCUGAGGGGCGAGAUAGCAGGUCCUCCAGACACGCCGUACGAAGGUGGCAGAUAUCAGCUUGAAAUAAAAAUCCCAGAAACCUAUCCUUUUAACCCACCAAAGGUGCGUUUCAUCAGUAAGAUCUGGCACCCGAAUAUCAGUUCUGUGACGGGAGCGAUAUGUCUGGACAUUUUGAAAGACCAGUGGGCAGCUGCUAUGACGCUGCGGACAGUGCUGUUGUCUCUACAGGCUCUACUCGCUGCAGCAGAACCAGAUGACCCACAGGACGCAGUCGUAGCCAAUCAGUAUAAGCAGAAUCCAGAAAUGUUCAAACAGACUGCAAGGCUGUGGUCUCACUUCUACGCCGGCGCUCCGGUCUCCAGUCCCGACUACACGCGUAAAAUAGACAAACUCUGUGCCAUGGGCUUCGAUAAGAAUGCAGUAAUAGCGGCCUUGUCGUCAAAAUCCUGGGAUGUAGAAACUGCGACAGAGCUGCUCCUCAGCAACUGAGAGGGAAGCCAGGUGUGAGGAUCCCAAACCAACUCCCUUCGUCACAGCGUCAGCUCCUCCCCUGGCACAUUCCACCAUUGCCUUUUAGUUACACAGACGACACUCUGUUUGCCACAGCAGUCUGAGAACUUCUUUUACAAGUUUGUUCGCUAUGAACUCAACACCGGUAGCACAACAAUUGCCAAUAUGCACACCACGCUGUUGCCUGUCAGACCCCAUCCGUUCAUGCUGAGUCUCACAAAAUCAAAUCGAAGAAUUCUUGUAAAAAAAAAAAAAAAAAAAGCCCUGAAAACUUUCAGACCUGCAUCUCGUCUUCCAUUCCCUGUAAUCAUAUCGGCUCUGAAUCAUUGAGCCGAUAUGUUCCAUAAUAUUACAAAGAGUCAAACUAACUGCCACUGCCUGCAGUACUGCUCUGACAGCAAAUCCACAUUAACUCCUUCAGUAGAAGUUGGACUUUGUGUUAGAUUGUUUUUCUCUCUUGUGGACAUUUAAUAAUGUAAAAAUGUAAAGGAUUUGACUAAUUGACUGGAUAAGGGUUCUGUAUGGGCAGUGAAACAAAUUUUUUUUCAGAGAUGCUUUAAUCAUCUACAGAAGUUUGGAUAUUCAUCCGUUUUUCUUUCAGUCUGUAGAAAUAGAAACAAUCACACUUGACAUCUGCACACAUGCACAGAAGGAAAGGAGGAAGGAAAAAGUGACCUGUAAAUAGAUGUGUACAUUUGAAAAUACAAUGGGGAUAUACUUUGUUUUUUUUUCUUACAUGGCAUUGUAAAACAAAUUAUUUUAAAUAUAAACUAUGCCUAGUUUACAAUUAUAUGGAAGAGAUUAUCUUUUUAUGCUUUUGUGGCCCAUGACAAAACCCUCAGAAUUUCCUUUUUCAUAUUUAAAAAAAAAAAUUUGUUUAGAGGUGGUACAGCCAACAUCCUGGCCCUAAUGGCACAAGGAGGUAACAGCCAGCACAGGCCCUCAGCAACACCACAACCCACCCAACUUUUUUGUGUGUCCUGUAUCCUUGCAUGUUCUACACUGCCUUUGUAUUUUAUUGGGCGAAUAGAUGUGAUGGGGUUGGAGAUUUAAAUAGGGCCAGCCUUUGGGAACUCGCAAGGCUUUCUCAUCUGUGGAGAGAGAUGCCGGGAACUUCUGCUCGGUAAAACCACUCGUGCGCACCCAACCAAUGUUGGUGUGCAAUCUGUAGGGAACCAGAGCCACCUCUGGUGAUUUUUACGAGUAUGUUGCUACAAGAUUUUCUCCCUCUGCUCCAAACAGAUUCAUCUGGAACAUGUCGAGAACAAACAAGUGUCUGAAUUUCAUUAAGGAUUUGAGUUUGCAAUGCAGUGUUUUGUUUUUUUUCUUUCAACCAUAGGCACAGAUUCAAGAUUUGCUCACCCUCUCAGCCCUGGGGGAAGGAGCUUUAUCACCAAUCACUGCAGCAGCACUCUGGGCAUAUAUUCAGGCAAUACGGGCGACGUCCUGUAUUCCCAGACAUGCUUUACUCCACAGCCAAAUAAAAUGCUCAUUGAGGUCUUUUGAGUGGAAAAGGUGGCUGGAACUCCAUUUAUUCUGUGCAGCAAAAUGGAGGCCUGCAGUGUUUUCAAACAUUUUUGAUUAAAAUAUACAUGGACUCAAUUUUUUUUAGUUUAUAAAAGUGGGGGGUUAAGUGCAUCCUCCCACAUGGUUCAUUGAUAUUUAAAAAGACAAACCUUUUGAUUGCCCCCAGCUCAGUCCCUACCAACAGUACUUUAUUGAGGAAUGGUCUCAUUUGACAUUGGAUGAGUUGUCAGCCAGAAUCCCCCAAAAAACAAGUUCAUAGUCAGGGGGUAGACUGCACACAGCAUCUUUUCUUGUAAAUAGUCAGGUCAUUGAUAAAAAGCUGUCUCAUAAUCACUAGAGUGCACCAUUGAUGGCUGUAUCUAUUUUUUGUAAGAAAAAUAAAGUACAAAAAAAGCCCCCCUCUACCUGGUGUUCUCACUAUGUACAAUAUUGCACGAUGACGGCAUAAAAAGGGGCUGUUGCAUCUUAGUUUCUCUAUUUGAGACUUAUUUUCCUUUUUUUUUGUUUCCUUGGAAGCAAUCAACAGCAGUAUAAAAAGCAUGGUUAUUUAUUGUGACAGUGUCAUGUUUCUUUGAUUAAAAUAAGAGAAAUGGAAAUCAA